AUUGCGAUAGCAGCUGUAAGUAUUCUUUUUUCCAUCACGGCAUCUCUGGGCAACAUUCUGAUCCUGAUUGCUCUUCGUAAAGCGACUUCUAUUCAUCCGCCGACAAAACUGUUGUUUCAGUGCUUGGCAACCACUGAUCUUGACGUUGGUCUCAUUUCCCAGCCACUCAUGGCCACCCUGAUACUCCUGGUUGAUAAUAUUGACUUCAAAAUUCGGAAAGUCUUGUCUUCCUAUCUCUGGUCUUUAUCCAUUGCUUUUUGUGGAGUAUCGGUUUUCACAUCAACUGCCCUGAGUGUUGACAGACUUCUCGCCCUGUUUUUGGGGUUGAGGUACAGACACGUUGAACACUGAAGCGAGCUCGUGCAGUUCUUGCUUGUGGUUGUUUAGCCCUCCUAUUGACUGUGUUGGUUUGCAAUUUUAAGAGAAAAACCGCCAGGAUUAUGAUUACAAUUUGCUUGACACUCUGUGUCAUUAUCUCGCUGUUUUCUUACACGAGGAUCGUCCUUAGACUUUGGCCACAUGAGUCCAGUGUACGAGACAAUGUCCAGCAAGGACAAGCGAACAAAGGAGGAAUUCCACUGAACUUACCGUAUUUAUUCGAAUAAGCGCCCAACCUCGAAUUAGUGCCCACCUCGAAUAAGCGCCCUUCCUAAAGGCAGAAAAAGUUAAUAAGCGCCCAGCCUCGAAUAAGCGCCCACCCCCUCCUCCUCCCGAUCAAACUCAAAUAAGCGCUCACCCCCACCCCACCCACUUGAGUGAAUAAAUUCUAAUAAGAGACCUCCCCGAGGAGGGAGUUUUCUUCAGAGUAUUUUGCAGAAACCUUGCUUUGUUACUUCUUCGCGUUUUGUUAUUAGCAUUUAUUGUUUUGUUGCAAAAUAAACAUACUUCACUUGCUGAAAAUGGUGAAAAUUUAAUAAGCGCCCAGCCUCGAAUAAGCGCCCAGGGCGGUUAAUCGAAUAAAUACGGUAGAACAAUAUAAGAGGACUGUUGUAAGCAUAGUUUUAGUUUUAUUAAUUGCAUGCUAUUUUCCAUUUGUUAUCUGUCCUACUUAGAUGACCUGAAUAGAUUUCCCUCUAGCCUUAACUUUCCAGUUUUGAAUCUUACUGCAACUCUCCUUUUCGUAAACUCGUCUUUAAACCCGUUUCUGUACUGCUGGAGGAUAAAAGAAAUAAGACAAGCAGUGAAAGCCACAAUCAAAAGG